AUGACCUUAGCCAACGUCAGCCAGGCCAUUUUUUCGGCCAAAUGGACAAUUGUCUUUUAUCUUGUCCUGGCCGGAGGAACGAUCGUCACUUGUCUGUGGCUCCUCCGUACGCUCGCGCAUGCAGAUGCAUCGCGACAGCGUCGGCCAGAGUGCAGUUCGCGCCAGACACGCCGCGCCCAAGAUCCAACACUAUCCUCGCGACGAGGACCCGGCCUUUGCCAGGUCUACCCUACGGAGGACGACCCUAAGGGGGACGGUCCCGGCCCAGAUAUCGACAUCAUCGCCAUCCAUGGCCUCGACACGAACUCAGAGAAGACGUGGACAUGGCGGGGAGAUGGCUGCAAAGUCAACUGGCUGGCCGAUCGCGACAUGCUCCCAAGCCGAGUCAAACGCGUCCGAAUCUUCACAUAUGACUGGCCCGCCGAUUUGCUGCAACCAUCAGACUUGGUUCAGAAGAACCAGGGCGAGUUUGCUAUACUCCUAUUCGAGGAGAUCCGCCGAAUCCAGAUCACGGGUGACCCCGCGAGAAGUGAAGACCGGCCGAUUCUCUUCAUCGCCUCGUGUCUCGGCGGGAUUCUCUUGAUGAAGGCACUUGUGGACGCCGGCCAGGCAUACCAGUCCGUCCGGAGAGCUACCCGCGGCAUCGUCUUUCUCGCCACACCGUUCCGCGGGACUUCGUUCCAAGAUGUAGCCGCCUUAGCCGAACCAGGUCUGAAUGCUUGGGCUUGGAUCCGAGGCCGAGAAGUGAUCAAACUGCUUACCGCCGUGAAGGAGCCGACUCUCGAUCUCGUGCAACUUGUGCAGGACUUCACUUCGCUGUGUAAAGACAAGGACUAUCCGUGCCAUGUCUUCACCUUCUAUGAAAAGGGCAAGACGAGUCUUCCGAGCAAAGUGUUUCCUUGGCUACCGGCGUGGCUCCGCCAAGCAAAGCUGUUGGUCAAUGAGUCCUCAGCGACGCUGGACAUGUUUCCACAGCCACUACCGUUAAGUCGACCCCAUAUCUUGAUGAACAAGUUCGCGCAUAGCGAGUGUACAGAGUGCAAGAAGGGCUGCACGGAGAGCGAGGAUUUCGGCCGUGUGUCUGGCAAGAUUGUGGAGAUGCUCCAAAAGAUCCGUGAGGGCAGUCCGGUCCAGCAAGCAGACGCCUGGAUACGCGCCAACCACUAUAGCGAGGACAGGCUCAAGAUCGAGCGACUCUCGAGCGACUUACUUUCGCUGGAUCAGUGCUACAUCAAUCUCGCCAUUGUCGAGGAGCCCAGGAAAAAUGCUCAGCACGCAGAGGAAGGAUCGGGAGAGGAUGUAUCACCUCAUGUGUCACCCUUUUCACUCACCGCUCGACUUAGUGUUGAGACGCCGGAAAAGAAUGUCCAGGUCGAGUUACCGUCCCUCUUCGACCCACGCAAAGACUCCAACGGCCAGACGGCAGAAUCAAGACGAAUCCUAAUCCGGGGACGCGCUGGAGUCGGGAAGACUACCCUGUGCAAGAAGAUGGUCCAUGAGUUUGCCCGUCGUUCCAAAGACUUCCGCAAGUGGGACGAGCUGUUCGACCGUGUGCUUUGGGUGCCUCUACGGAGGCUGAAAGAAUGGCAAGCUACACAAUAUGACUUUGAGGAACUAUUUUCUCGCGAGUUCUUCGCUCAACAGGACCGUGAAACACGCGAUAUCCUCGCCAAAGAACUACGGGGUGCUCUCAAAAGCGGAAGGACUCUGUUCAUUCUCGACGGUCUGGACGAAAUAGCCCAAGAGUUGGCCUGCGAAGGCUACAAGUCCGAGUUCCUCAAGGACCUUUUACAUCAGCCUAACGUUGUCAUCACAUCCCGACCGCACGUGUCACUUCCAGCUAAUGUCUCGCCUCCCGACCUUGAACUGGAAACCAUUGGUUUCUACCCAGAUCAGGUGAAGGCAUACCUCCAAACUACAUUUACCACCGAUCUGAAAAGGGUCCAAGAUAUUCAGUCAUACCUCCAAGCGCAUCAGCUAAUCCAGGGUCUUGUGCGGAUUCCCAUACAACUGGAUGCGCUCUGUUACAUAUGGGACAAUCUCAAAGGCAAAGCUGUACCACAGACCAUGACAGCCAUGUACAAAGCCAUCGAGGAGAGUUUGUGGAAGAAGGAUAUCCUGCGAUUAGGUAAAGAGAAGAAGCACGGCGAGCUGGUAACGAAGGAUGAUAUCAAGAACGAGAAGAUGAAUCGGAUCGAAACCCUCGUAUGUAACGAAGUCGUUCUUCUUGAAAGCCUUGCGUUUACUGGCCUGUGUAACGAUGUGAUAAACUUUGAGCCGAAGCAUCAGGAAGCCAUUUUAGAGGAGUUUAAAUCGACUGACGAGUGGAUUCCUUGGGACACAACGCUUCCGCGCCUCUCUUUUCUGCGAACAUCGGAAUCCUGGUCGGAAGAACACAGCCGCGAUUACCACUUCCUACACCUCACCUUCCAGGAGUACUUUGCAGCACGGUAUUUCGUACGACAGUGGAAAGCCAAACAACCCCUUAAAUGGCUGCGGCUCAGCGAAGGGGAAUGUGACCCGAUUGAAACUGCCAUUUUUCUUCGGGAGCACAAGUACGAUCCUCGCUACGAUAUCUUCUGGCGCUUCGUCGCUGGCUUACUUGACCCUGAUAGAGAGGCACUGGGGUUCUUCCAAGCGAUUGAAGAGGAGCCGCGCGACGUCCUGGGUCCUACGCAUCAGCGCUUGGUCAUGCAUUGCCUGAGCGAAGUCGAGCGGAAGAAGACGACGUUCAUGGAACUCCGAACGAAGCUAGAAAAACAACUAGAACAGUGGCUGUUGUUCGAGUGCGACUCCACGCAAGAUUGCUGGUUGGCUCGCGAAAUGGAGUGUCCAGAGCAGGUCCUGGUCAAUGCACUGAAACAAGCAUCGGAGGACGCAAGACCGAUCCUUCUGGGAUGUCUAGACAGCCGAGCAUCAGUUCCACCCAGUAUCAUAAGCGUCGCAGUUUCUUGGCUGGAAGACUGUACUUCUAAGAACCUGUGUAUUGCCAUCUUGCGUAUCCUAAGACACCACCAUAAGGCCUUACGGGACACGAUGUUACAGGAUACGAUGCUGCAAGGCAUCGCAGCACGGCUCGAGGAUAAAGAUGGUGGCAUCCAACGGGCAGCAAUCGAGGCGCUCCAAGGCCAGGCUGAUCUCACAGAGGAGGUGCUACAAGGCAUCGCAGCACGGCUCAAGGAUGAAAAUGGGUACAUCCGAGAGGCAGCAAUCAAGGCGCUCCAAGGCCGCGGUAAUCUCACAGAGGAGAUGCUACAAGGCAUCGCAGCACGACUCAAGGAUGAAAAUGGGUACGUCCGACAGGCAGCAAUCGCGGCACUCCAAGGCCAGGCUGAUCUCACAGAGGAGGUGCUACAAGGUAUCGCAGCACGGCUCGAGGAUGAGGACUGGCAGGUUCGAUGGGCAGCAAUCAAGGCGCUUGAAGGCCGGGCUAAUCUCACAGAGGAGGUGCUACAAGGCAUCGCAGCACGACUCAAGGAUAAAGAUAUUGACGUCCGACGGGAAGCAAUCGAGGCGCUUGUCAAUCCUGCGUCGCUAUUAUUAGAGGCCUUCAGACCAUGUGUUAAACCCUUAUACGAAGCUUUGCUUCAGAUAAGCUUUCAGGAACAUACGAAUUUCCUCAAGUUGCACGCAUGA